AUCAUAAUAAAAUAACAAAUAGUAGGCUCAGGUGACAUGAGCAUUUUUGGUUAUUAAGUGUAUGCCUUUAAAUUGUGGUUGAUUCUAAGAAAACGUUUUAAAAUAACGUUGACUCUUUAUACACAAUACAAAAAUACAGUUCCAUAAUAGUGGAGCCAUGUCAUCUGGUGCAGGAAGAUUGAAUUUUUUACGUACAAAAUAUGCAUAUAUUCAUAACGUUGCUGAAAUAUACAGGCCAACCAUAAAUGGCUACAGAGAAAAGACACUAGAGGCUUUAAAGGAAAAAGCUGAACGUGCUGCCAAAUCAGAACUUGGGAAAAAAAUUAAAGUGUUGAAAGGGUUUUAUACCCUGGAAAUGGCGCCGCCAACAGGAAACGAAAUGCAGAAAUUGCAAAGUGAUCUCGCUUUAGUAAAAGAAUUUAUCAAAACUGGUUGCUACAAAUUCAUCACAGUGAGACAAGCUUGGCUGCUCAUCCUCGUUGGCACUGAAAUUGGUUUGUGGUUUUAUCUGGGCGAGACCAUUGGGAAAAUGCAUUUGGUUGGCUAUAAAGUUUAAACUUAUAAAACGAUGCUGACGAUGAUUGUUCCAAUAAUUAUACCUACAUAAUUAUUGGUAAAUUAUUUGUAAUUUUUAAAGAUUGUAAAGUAUGAAAAAAUAAAAAUAUUACAUAC